UCCGCUCAAAUUUGUCUGAAUUAAUGGUGAAGCUGGUGAGAGAAAUUAUGUCAGGUGAAGUAAAAUAAGGCAGGAUGUAACAAUUUAUAAAGGAAACAACAAUAGAUGAUCAUUACACGUAUUAUCUUACUGUUUUGCGCAUGGUUAUCAAGUCAAAGCUUACCAACAAAGAAGGUUCAGACGAAACAUCAUGGUGUGAACUCAGAAAACCCUGCAGCAGCUAACCCUUGACCCAUAUUUCCUUUUGGUGACUAUGAUUUGGAAGGAUCAAACAAAACGGAGACAACAGCUUGUCCUGCUUGUCCUCCUGCUCUUUCUAGAUCAGACCCUGUUCGACCCCUAUAGCCUCUCACGAGACAACUUAUGCUUCUCCUUCCAUCCUGAUUUCUGGAAAGAAGCCUUAUGCUUCUCCUUCAAUCCUGAUUUCAGGAAAGAAGCCAUGAGGGCACUCCACUUCUCACACAUGAAAUACAGCAACAGAUUCGGCAGAACUUUCAUUGGCCUUGCUCUUGUUCUGCUCCUCUUCCCCUCUCUCACAAGUUCUUGCACCGAGCAGGAGUGCACCUCACUCCUCCGGUUCCUUGGCGGGCUCUCACAGGAUGGAAAUCUCACCUUGACAUGGAAGAAUGGCACAGACUGCUGCACAUGGGAAGGGAUCACCUGCAGUCCAGAUAGGAUGGUCACCGAUGUCUUCUUGGCUAAGAGGAACCUUCAAGGAUCAAUCUCAUCAUCCCUUGGCAAUCUCACUGGCCUGUUGCACCUAAAUCUAUCCUACAAUUUGCUGUCUGGUGGCCUGCCGCUGGAAUUGGUGUUGUCCAGCAGCAUCAUUAUCCUUGACGUCAGCUUCAACCAACUCAGUGGAGACCUCAAAGAGAUGUCAUCUGCAACCCCUGCAAGGCCUCUCAAGGUACUGAACAUCUCGAGUAACUUGUUUUCAGGGCAUUUCCCGUCCACCACAUGGGAGGUGACGAAGAGUCUUGUUGUGCUCAAUAUCAGCAAUAACAGCUUUAUCGGGAAGGUACCAACUACCUUCUGUUUCAGCGCGCCAUCGUUUGCUGUGCUUGAACUCAGCUACAACCGGUUCGAUGGCAGUGUCCCUACAAAACUCGGUAAUUGUUCCAUGAUGACAUCUCUCAGUGCUGGGCACAAUAACUUGAGUGGGACUCUUCCAGAUGUGCUCCUCAAUGCUACCUUAUUGGAGCACCUCUCUUUUCCGAAUAAUCAGUUGAAAGGAUCACUAAGCGACAUCAGCAAGCUCAGAAAUCUGGUCACCCUUGACCUUGGAGGGAAUGAGUUCAGCGGCAAUAUCCCAGAUUCUAUAGGCGAGCUCAAGAGAUUAGAGGAGAUUCAUUUGGACCAUAAUGACAUCUCUGGAGAGCUUCCAUCAACUUUGAGCAGCUGCACAAGCCUUGUAACCAUAGACCUCAAGAACAACAAGUUCAAUGGAGCACUCACUAGAGUAAACUUCUCCACACUAACCAAUCUAAAAACUUUAGAUCUUAUGUGGAACAACUUUACUGGAACAAUUCCAGAGAGCAUCUAUUCAUGUAGCAAUCUAACCGCACUGCGGCUCUCCUCCAAUGGGCUCCAUGGGCAAUUAUCAGAAAGAAUUGACAAUCUGAAGGCCCUCUCAUUUCUAUCACUUGUUAACAUCUCCCUUACAAAUAUCACAGGUGCACUUCAGACCCUUAGGAAUUGCAGGAACCUCACAACCUUGCUGAUUGGGAUCAACUUCAUGCACGAGGCCAUGCCAGAGGAUGAUACAAUUGACGGUUUUGAGAAUCUUCAGGUUUUUUCCAUCAAUGAUUGUUCUUUGUCUGGAAAAAUACCUCCAUGGUUAUCAAAGCUCACUAAUUUGGAGAUGCUAUUUUUAUAUAACAAUCAGCUGACUGGGCCAAUACCUGACUGGAUCAGCAACUUAAACUCACUGUUCUAUAUAGACAUAUCAAACAACAGUCUUACCGGGGAAAUUCCAAUGGCCUUAAUGGAGAUGCCAAUGCUAAAAACAAACAGUGUUCCACCGAAGGUCUUUGAGAUCCCUGUUUAUACAACUCCAUCACUUCAAUACCGCAUGCCCGGUGCUUUUCCUAAGGUCCUGAAUCUAAGCAUCAACAACUUAACUGGUGUGAUCCCCAAAGAGAUUGGCCAAUUGAAAGCGCUUCUUUCACUUAGUUUGAGCACCAACAAGUUAUCUGGAGAGAUUCCAGAAGCGAUCUCCAACCUCACAAACCUGCAGGUGCUCGACUUGUCAAGCAAUAAUCUUACCGGUAAAAUUUCAGCUGCACUGAAUGAUCUGCACUUCCUUUCUAAGUUCAAUGUUUCCAAUAAUGACCUAGAAGGAUCAGUUCCAACUGUAGGCCAACUUAGCACGUUUCCAUACUCUAGUUUUGAUGGCAACCCAAAAUUGUGUGGUCCCAUGCUUGUAAAUCAUUGCGAUUCAGCUGAAGCGCCAUUGACCUCCAAGAAACGACGCAAUAAGACAGCCAUCUUUGCACCUGCAUUUGGUGUAUUUUUUGGAGGGGUUGCCACCCUAUUCUUGCUAGCUCGCCUCCUUUUCUUCUUCAGGAGUAAAAGUUUCAUGACAAGGAGGACGGGCAAUAACAAGGAUGUUACGGAAGGAAUGCCAUCCAACUUCAAUUCAGAGCAAUCCUUGGUGAUGGUUUCACGAAGCAAGGGAGAAAAUGGUAAGCUCACAUUCAUUGAUCUCGUGAAGGCUACAAAUAACUUUGACAAGGAGAAUAUCAUAGGUUGUGGUGGUUAUGGGCUAGUCUACAAGGCUGAAUUACCCGAUGGGUCCAAGGUCGCCAUCAAGAAGCUCAGCAGUGAAAUGUGCCUUGUGGAUAGGGAAUUCAGUGCAGAAGUUGAUGCACUCUCAAUGGCACAGCAUGACAAUCUUGUGCCACUAUGGGGUUACUGCAUCCAGGGAAACUCAAGGUUCCUCAUAUAUUCCUACAUGGAGAAUGGAAGCCUAGAUGACUGGCUUCACAACAGGGAUGAUGAUACCAGCACAUUUCUUGAUUGGCCAAUGAGGUUGAAGAUUGCACAAGGAGCAGGCCAGGGUUUGUCCUACAUCCAUGAUGUCUGCAAGCCUCACAUUGUUCAUCGUGACAUCAAAUCCAGUAAUAUCUUACUGGACAAAGAAUUCAAAGCUUACAUUGCAGAUUUCGGGCUAUCCAGAUUGGUCUUUCCCAACAAAACUCAUGUCACGACUGAGUUGGUAGGCACUCUUGGUUACAUCCCCCCUGAGUACGGGCAAGGAUGGGUGGCUACUCUGAGAGGUGAUAUCUACAGUUUUGGGGUAGUCCUGCUUGAACUGCUCACAGGCCAGCGGCCUGUUCCAAUCUCAUUUGUGUCAAAAGAACUCGUCCAGUGGGUAUUGGAAAUGAGAUCUGAAGGAAAGCAGAUUGAAGUUCUGGAUUCAACACUCCGGGGCACAGGGUAUGAGAAGCAAAUGCUGAAGGUGCUUGACGUUGCUUGCCAGUGUGUCAGCCAUAAUCCUUCUAUGAGGCCAACAAUAAAGGAAGUAGUUUCUUGCUUGGACACCAUAGACGCCAACCUGAGGAUACAAAAUUCAGUCAACAUAGAGUAAAUUACAUUGUAAACUUACUUCAGUACAGAGUAGAUGCAUGGUUUUCACAAGAACUAUUUCUGUUAACUGAUAACAUUACUUCUUUUUGAACAGCUUAACCGACCACUGUGUUUUUGUAAUUCCACUCCCUUGCCCCCUUUCCUGAACUAUUGCCCAUGGUGAUUCUUGAGAAACAAGAUACAAUUUUACAACC